AUGAUGGAUGUUUUCAAAAUAUUAUCUAGGGGCGCAUCCAUCAACAGAAACAAGAACAGUUCUGUAGAUCAUUCGACUCUUGUCCGAAAGGAAAAUGAGACUCAACAUCACAGAGCAGAACAUUUGAAGCAUCAAGUUGAUAGGGAAACAGAUUUUUUUCAUACGAAGAAACAUGCUGUACUUGCCACUGAAGAUACCAAUGAGAUAAAUCAAGACUCAGAAUUGAAUUUUCCGCCUUUGACAAUCUCGUGUGAGGAAGAUGCUAAGAAACUACGUAAAAUUAAUAAUUCAAAGGUUACGGGAGAUGAUAUUCCUUUCCCAAUUGGCUCAUUUGAUGACUUGAUUGGUAGGUUCCAGAUAGAUCGAAAAUUAUUAGCUAAUCUUAUAGAAGCUGAGUUUACAGAGCCUACAGCAAUUCAGUGUGAAGCAAUUCCAUUAACUCUAAAACAAAGAGACAUAAUAGCCUGCGCUCCUACAGGAUCGGGAAAAACCUUAGCAUUUUUGAUACCAUUAAUUCAAACAUUGAUAGAGGAGGAAAAGUCGGGACAGAAGUUUCUCAGGGGCCUAAUAAUAUCGCCUACGAAUGAAUUAGCUGCCCAAACUUUUCAACAAACUCAAAUUUUGGGAAGAGGAAAAGGAUUAAAUUGUGCACUAUUAACUAAAAAAUUAGCCGGAAAAUUAAGCAAUGAUGCGCUUAAUUCUCUGAAAAUUGAUCUACUUGUCUCUACUCCUCUUCGUUUGAUUGAAAUGGUUAAGCGUGGAUGUAUCGAUUUAUCACAUGUUCGAGAGCUAGUAAUCGACGAAGCUGAUAAACUUUUUGAUAGAGGGUUUGUGGGCCAAAUAGAUGAGCUAUUAUCAAGUUGUACUUAUCCGAAGCUAAGGAAAUCUAUGUAUUCUGCCACGAUUCCAUCUGGUAUUGAAACAAUGGCUCAAUCAAUUAUGAAGGAUCCCAUAAGAGUUAUAAUUGGUCUUAAGGAAGCCGCUAGUAGUAAUAUUGAACAAAAACUAGUAUUUGCAGGUAAUGAGGAAGGUAAGUUAUUAGAGAUACGACAAAUGAUCCAAAAUGGCGAGUUUCGGCCACCAAUAAUAAUUUUCAUGCAAUCUAUAACUAGGGCAAAAGCUUUAUUUCAUGAGUUAAUUUAUGACAAGCUCAAUGUCGAUGUUAUUCAUGCCGAGAGAACACCCAAACAAAGAGAUGAAGUCAUACGAAGAUUUAAAAGUGGUAAUAUAUGGGUUUUAAUUACGACAGAUGUUAUUUCUCGAGGAGUGGAUUUCAAAGGUGUGAAUUUGGUUAUAAAUUACGACGUUCCUCAAAGUGCUCAGGCAUAUGUCCAUCGAAUUGGCAGAACAGGUAGAGGUAAUAGAAAGGGAAAAGCUGUCACUUUUUUCACCAAAGAAGAUAUAAUGCUAAUAAAACCAAUUAUAAAUGUAAUGAAGGCAUCCGGGUGCCAAGCUGGGUAUAGUGAAUGGAUGGAAAAUAUGGAGAAGCUUUCCAAGUCAAACAAAAAAAGUAUUAAGACAAAUCAAGUUGAGAGAAAGCAAAUUAGUACUGUUCCUAACGUGGUCAGACAUAAGAGAAGGCAAAAACAGGAGAUGAUAGAAGCGUCCAAGAAAAGAAAGUCAGAAAGUAGUAUAGUUAAUAAAUAA